CCGCGGGACGAUGGAGGCGCCUGAAGACGACGGGACCGGCAGGGACUUCUCGGUGCCCAGCUCGCCGCGCGGCUCCCCGGCCGUGCCCGGGCCCACGCGCCUGCGCGCCUUCCUCUGGUGCCGCGAGUUCCUGGCCGGGGCCUGGCGCCGCCUGGCGGGGCCCGGAGAGCUCGGCAUCGCCCCCGUCAGCGGGGGGCUCAGUAACCUCCUGUACAAGUGCACCCUGCCCGAGCACGUUGCAACUGCCGAGAAUGAACCACGCCAGGUUCUGCUGCGCAUCUACGGCGUCAUCCUUCAGGGCGUCGAUUCACUGGUCCUUGAGAGCGUCAUGUUUGCCAUCCUGGCCGAGCGGGCGCUGGGGCCGCGACUCUACGGCAUCUUCCCUCAGGGGCGCCUCGAGGAAUACAUCCCGAGCCGCCGCCUGCUCACUGAGGACUUGCUGGAGCCCAGCAUAUCGGGGGAGAUUGCCAUGAAGAUGGCUCGCUUCCAUGACAUGGUGAUGCCCUUCAACAAAGAGCCCAAGUGGAUGUUUGGAACGAUGGACAGGUACCUGAAGCAGAUCUCGGAGCUCACCUUCGCCCAGGAAGCCCAGCUGCGGAAGCUCAAUAAGCUGAAGGCCUACAACCUGGAGGCAGAAAUGCGCAGCCUCAGGGCUGUGCUUGAAGCCACCUCGUCCCCUGUGGUUUUCUGCCACAAUGACGUGCAAGAAGGGAACAUUCUGCUCCUAGCCGGGCGCGAGGCUUCCUCCAGCGACCGUCUCAUGCUGAUUGACUUUGAGUAUAGCAGCUACAACUACCGGGGCUUUGACAUCGCCAAUCACUUCUGUGAAUGGGUCUACAAUUAUGCCCACGACCAGUGGCCUUUCUAUAAAUCCAGCCCGGAGAACUACCCCAGCCGUUGCCAACAGUUGCAUUUCAUCCGGUGCUACCUGGAGGAGGCAGCUGGGAAGAACGCACCCCUCUCACCCAGCGAGCAGGAGCGGAUCGAGGCUGAGAUGCUCGUGGAGAUCAGUCGGUUCACGAUGGCUUCGCACUUCUUCUGGGGCCUGUGGUCCAUCGUGCAGGCCAAGAUCUCCACCAUCGAGUUUGGCUACCUGGAGUAUGCGCAGUGCCGCUUUGAGGCCUAUUUCCAGCAGAAAGCACUGUGUGAGUGACCCCGGCCUGUCCUGUCCUGCUUCUGCUGCCAGAGGCUGGCCUGGCCGGCACGCAGGAUGUCAGCUCCGCAUGGACCUCGAGGGACGUCGCCCACGGACCAAUCUCCCCAAAGACAGAAGGGUUGGCUGGCCAGCCCGGGUUCCCCAACUGAGACUGUGUGCUUUUGGAUGCGGGUUGGGAGAGGCCCGGCCCACUUGCUCUGGGACCCCCCCCCCCCCGGGGUGCUCACAAAUGUGAAGGGCCUGGUCAGUGUCAGGCUUGGCUUCUGACAGAAGGUGUGGGUGGUAACAAAUUGGCCCUUGGGGCCAGGGCGGGGAGGCAGUCGAUCCCUGCACUUUGGGAGAGGGAGGGAGUGGCUGUGCCCCCGGGGCCCCUCCUGCUUCCUUUGGGCUUUCUGCCAUCCUUUGCCCCCCACCCACACUUUCCUUCCAUCGCCUGCUGCCUCCACAGCCGUGCCUUCCCUUGGCCACACGCUUGUUCCUUCCCCAGAGAGAGAGGGAGGGAGGGAGGGAGUUCUGCUCCCUCUUUCCCAACCACUUUCCCUUCCUGCACCCCAGACCUGAUUGCCCACAGCUUUCUUGGCUGUCUUGGUGCUGGUUGCCAACUUGCCCGAUGUGAUGCCGUGGGGGGGGUGCAGUCUGGGAGAGGGAGCUGCGUGCCGUUUGCUGGGAGCCGAGGACUGGGGGGUGAGCCAGCCCACCCCUGCCUUGGGAUCCAUGCCUUGGGGUUUGCACUUGCCCUUGGCCACGGCCACCGCGUUACAAUCCUGCGCCUGUGUACGGUAUUGUAGGAGAACGUGGUGGCCAGACCCAGGAUGCCACGAGCCCCCGAGAGCCGCUGAGAACAGAGCAGGAGGGGCAGAGGCCCGCCGGGCCCUCGAUGAUCUGCACGCUGCCUGUUUCUCAACGGGAGGGGAGGGGAGGGUGCUCUGAAGGUCUUCUGUCCCCACAUAGGGGCUUGUAAUCCUAGCCCACCUGUAGGUGCAUCUCUUGCCCGUUUUCCAUAGGGUGGGAUGGCGGUUGAAGAGGCCAGUUUUGGGAGAGUUGCUCCUGCAGGUGCCUCCCCCCCCCUUGCCCUACGGCACCGUCCAGCCUUCCUGGUGGCCACAGAAUUUCCAGUGUCCCCGUGUUCCUUGGACCUGCUGUGCCCAAAGAGGGCCAGCCGAAACCCCUUUUCCUCCUAUUGUGGGGGACUUACAAGGCAUUUGUGCCUUUCAUUGGGAAUAGGGUUGCUUGCCGUGUCUCAGCUGCGUGGGGAUGAGGCUCUUUGAUCUUGUUAAUGUUGUCGCAGCUGCACCUGUGUGAUUGUCCAGCGCAGGGAGGCAGUGAUGCCGUGGGCUCUCCCGAGAUAGCGUUGAAUAGCCUGCCUGCCCACUCUCUAGUCUCGGGGCGGUUUUUCUACUCCGCCGUUGCUCAGUAGCUGUGGAAUGUAAUCUUUGCAGUCGCCAAUAAACGCCUGGCCCGUC